AUGGCAUUCCGCACGCCUGGCUUUAUUGUUCGAGUGAUAAACAGGCCGGCUGUCUACGUUGGACUCGGUGCUGCUGGAUUGAGUUUUUGGGCAUACACUAUCAUCAAUGCUACCAACUCAAACAAGUCUCACAACAGCAUCUUCAAAGGUGUCAUGUUCCAUCUCCGACAUGAUCCAAGAGCCCUGGCUCUUCUUGGAGACGACAUAUUCUAUGAUCAAGAACUUCAUAAACCAGUUCAAGGAACUUUCAAUGUGAUUAGAGGAGUUGCCGACUAUUCAUUUACCUUGCAAGGAAGUCAAGCAGUGGGGAAUGUACGCUUCAAGGGACAUCAUAUUCCAGCAAGUGGCUGCUGGAACAGUGUUAUCUUUGAGCUGGAUUGCAAUGGAGAAACCAUUCAGCUUUAA